AUGACGGGAGCAGAGGUACCCACCGGAAAGCGUGCAAGUGCUUCCUCGAAGGCUCAGCCCGCGACCAAGAAGGCUCGCACGUCUGGUCAGGAGCGCAAGAUCACCGACUUCGUCACCGUGCUCCCUGGAGGCGCCGCCGCAUCGACCUCAGCAAGUUCGAGCACUAACGCCAACGCCAUCGAAGCAGAAACCAACAAUGCCAGUAGCAGCAAGUACAUCGAGCCAAACAAGGGCAAGGCCGUCGCGACCCAGGCCGAGCUCGCGCCGGGCACCUUCUCUCCGACAGCCUUCCUCGCGUCUCUGCCCAGCAUCGGCCCAUCGCCCACAAUUCACGAUCUGCUCUCGCUCGAAUGCGCGACCCUCGAUCCAUCUUGGUUGGCAUUGCUCAAGGAUGAGAUCACCAAGCACUACUUUCUCGACCUCAAAAGGUUCCUUUGGAAGGAGGGUGUUCAAGGACCCGAGUCGACUACGGGCAAGGUCUUCCCUCCUGGUCGGUCCCUCUCUUUUUUCACAAUCUUCUCCAAGGAAAUCCGAGUUGAUCUAAUCUCGUAUUACAUUGUCUAAAGCACGCGAUAUCUACUCGUGGAGUCGACAUUGCCCACUGGACAAGGUCAAGGUCGUAGUCAUUGGCCAGGAUCCCUACCACAAUGAGGGUGAGCAGAAUUUGUUUGUAUGCUUUCCUCGGUGCGGCCUGCUUUUGACCCAUUAAUGCUUCCCACGCAUCUUCCUCGUGAAGGUCAAGCUCACGGUAAGCUCAAUGAUAGGACAGGAAUCUAUGCAAGUUUCCUUACGGAACUAGGUGCUGACCGGCCCUGCCCGCCGUUGCGUUCUUGCAGGCUUGGCUUUCUCCGUUCGACCCGGCGUGGCCGUGCCUCCCUCCCUCCGCAACAUGUACAAAGAGUUGUCCAACGAAUAUCCCGAAUUCGUUCCUCCCAAGACGGGGUACGUGGUACCUGCCACGAACCAGAUAAUCUGCCUGCCUUUAGAGCUGGCCUCCUCGUCUGAUUCUUUUUAUCGCUUCCAUUCAGCGACCUGACCCCUUGGGCUCGCUCGGGUGUCCUGCUGCUCAAUACGUCACUGACCGUUCAAGCGCAUAAGGCGAACUCGCACGCGGAAAAAGGUUGGGAGUCGUUCACCGACAAGGUGGUUCACCUUGUCGACAAGUUUGGGGGUAGUGAUGGCGCGGGCAAGCUUGGCAAAGGGUGGGCUUAACCUGGCAGAAGCCAGGAGCCCUGAGAUUGUAUGGAUGACGAGCACGAGUUUUUCCUUCCUCCAUAGAGUCGUAUUUUUUGCUUGGGGUGCUUGGGCUGCAAAGAGGGUCGCCAAGCUCGACACUGUAAGUCAACCUCACUGGACGCUUGCAUUUGCCAAAAUCUCAUUUCGAUGCCGACGCUCGAAUUUGCACGUUUGCACUCAUUAGACCAAGCACCUCGUACUCAAAUCAGCAGUGAGUCUUUUCCGUUGUAUACCAAGAGGCGGGAUGUAUCGGUACUUAUUCCCAUACGCGUCUCGUCCGUCCGCAGCAUCCCUCCCCACUCUCGGUGCACCGCGGCUUCCUGAACAACGGUCACUUCAAACAAGCCAACGAAUGGCUCGAGAAGAAAUACGGUCGUACGUAUCUGCAUCUACGCACGCAGGCACACUCGCAUCUGACGAAGGGCUGGUUACCAAUCCGCAGCCCAUGGCAUCAUCAACUGGUCGAGUGUUUGUCCCAAGUAG